AUGGAUGCAAAUUACUGGAUUGAAGCCUUCCUCCGAGGACUGAUGUGUAUGCUCGGAAUCCUGGGGAACAGCUUGCUGGCUCUCCGCUCUCUCCCUGGACAUAAAUCCAAUCUCCGCACCAACGAGGUCCUCUUGAUCAACCUGGCCGUCUCUAAUCUCAUCACCAACUACCUGGUGGACCUGCCUGACACCAUGGUUUACUUUGUUGGCCACUGGUUCCUGGGGGAAGCCUUCUGUGGUGUGUUCCUAUUCUGCUCUGAUCUGUCAGAGACCAGCAGUGUGUUUUCCACUUUUUUCAUUUGUUUGUUCUGGUACCAGAAGCUGGUCGGCUCUCUGAAACGUGGAGGAGCUCCAAUUCGGCUGGAUAGCCUCAGUCUCGUAGCCAUUUUCCUGGCUGGAAGUUGGACUGCAGCCUUGGCCUUCAGUGUUCCUCACUUCUUCUUUGUCCAGAGUGAGAGUGGCAACGACAGCCGGAAGGAAUGUAUGGAGGUCAUUCCCUCCCAAACCGAAAGACAGAUCUAUGACAUAUUUUAUCUGGCCUUAGCGAACAUCCUCCCCAUUGUCGCUAUUGUGUUUGCCAGCAUCCAAAUUGUGAUCACACUGUUAAGGAACCAGACGCGUAUCCAAGGCCUCCCUUCUGGUCUUCACAAGGCCACAGAGAACACAUUACCUUGUGCCGGAGGAAAGUCGGACGGCCCAAUGAAAGACAGUGACGCCUCUGAUAAAGAGGCAGAUCUACUUGGAGUUCCAGACACCCACCCGAACCAGCCUGGGUUCUCCUGCUCGGACUUACCGUAUGCUGGACCUUCUGCUGAACAAAUCAGAACUGCCCACAACCAGUUCCAGAUCAGGGACAGCAGAGUCGUAGCUGCAUCGGAGCUCCAGAGGCCCACGCAGACUCCAGCUAAGCCCAGACCGAGCUCAGGAAUUCAGGUGAGGGCAGCCAAGACCGUGGUGGCUGUGGGCACAGUGUUUGUGGCGUGUUGGGUGACCCACCUGGUGUUGAGGAUAUCCAGCGACAUCAGCAAGUCCUUCGUGGGGAUGGAGAUAGCGAACUACAUCGGAUCCUCCUACACCUGCACCAUCCCCUACAUCUUCCUCUAUGGAGAGAGGAAACUGUCUUGGUCCCGCAGAGGGUAG